AUGUGGCCUGUGGCUUUAUCUUCCAUCCGCCCCCUAAUCAGCUGGCUGCAGGAGGAGGUGCCUGAUGAGGUCCUGCUGAAGAUCAUGAGUUAUCUGAAGGAGAAGGACCUGUGUCGAGCUGCGCAGGUCUGCAAGCGCUGGAACACCCUCACCAACGACCCCACAAUAUGGAAAAAUCUAUACACAGCAGUGUUUGAAUAUACCCAGCCCAUGAUGCAUCCAGAGCAUGGGAAAUUCUACUUUGUGAAGCCAGAGGAAUAUAACUGUCCCAACCCAUGGAAGGACAGCUUCCGCCAAUUGUACAAAGGUGUCCACGUAAAGCCUGGUUAUGCUGAACACUAUCACAACAAUGCUGACCGCUACAAGGGCAGAGAACACAUGUUGUAUUAUGACACCAUUGAGGAUGCGAUGGGAGGAGUGAAUGAAUGUCACCAUGAAGGUCUGAUCUUCGUCCACUCUGGGAUCUACCAGGACGAGUGGAUCUAUGUGGAAUCUCCCGUUACCAUCAUCGGGGCAGCUCCAGGCAAGGUGGCUGAACAUGUGGUGAUAGAGAACACCAGAGACUCCAGUAUUGUGUUCAUGGAGGGAUGCGAGGACGCUUUUGUAGGAUUCAUGACAAUCAGAUUUUCCCCAGAGGACUCCUCGGCCACCCACCACCAUGCGCACCACGCGGUGGAAAUCAACACCAACUGCCGACCGAUCAUCAGUAACUCCAUCAUCCGCAGCUCUUCCACAGUUGGUUCAGCGGUGUGUGUGACAGGAAGCGGUGCCCAGCCCACCAUCCGCAACUGUAACAUCAGCGACUGUGAGAAUGUAGGACUCUACGUCACAGAUCAUGCACAGGGCUUUGUUGAAGACUGUGAGAUCAGUGGAAACGCGCUGGCUGGGAUCUGGGUGAAGAACUACGCUAACCCCAUCAUGAGACGUAACCACAUCCACCACGGGCGAGACGUCGGCGUCUUCACGUUCGAGAAGGGGAUGGGUUAUUUUGAGCAGUGUAACAUCCACCACAACAGGAUCGCGGGGUUCGAGGUGAAGGCUGGUGCUAACCCCACGGUGGUGAACUGUGAGAUCCACCACGGGCAGACGGGCGGCAUCUACGUCCACGAGAAGGGCCGCGGGCAGUUCAUCGACAACAAAAUCCACUCCAACCAGUUCGCUGGCAUCUGGGUAACGUCACAUAGCGAUCCCACCAUUAGGGGCAAUUCCAUCUUC